AGGGUGAGUGGGUGACCUCUAGAAACUAGAUCAUCUUGUUCAUUGAGGACCUUGACCUUUCUUUCUCCAACAAGAAGUUGACAACUCUUUCAUGAACCCUUUUUCUAUUAUCACAUACCCUUUUCACUUUUUUCCUUUUCACUUCUCAAUUCUUAGAUAAUCGCAUAUUUCUUCUAUUGUCCAUAUCAACUCCACAUAUCUAUUCCUCAACCUAGGAAAUUGGAUUUUUUUUUUUUUUUUUUUUUUUUUAAGAAAAAACAUCAAAAUCAUAAAUUACAAACAAAUGUCCUACCUUGUUGAAAUCCUUUAUGUUUCUCUCUCCAAAUUUUAGCCCCAAUUAAUCAAUUAUCCAUUUUAAUUUUAAUAUGUUUAUAUUUUUUUAAUUUGAUUUUUAAUACUGUACUGAAAAGUGAAAAAGCAAACAAUAAAUCUUCAAUCUUUCUUGCACAACACAUACUCUCUCUCUUCUCUUUGAACUGAUUCCUGAAUCUGAGUUUUUUUACAGAAGCUAUUACAACACUUUUGAAAUCGUUCCCAAAAUUCGAUUCUUUCACCCGGAUUUCUUCAAAUUCAUAUCAAUUCGAUUCCAUCUUCCAAUCAAAUCCAAAAAAAUCCAAUAAAAAUCCAAUCUUUUUGCAUUCGAUUCUUUUUUGCAUUGUUUUUGGAUUUCAAUCGAUACCCAUCACAAAUUAACCCCAAAUUCUUUCAAUUUCUAUCGAUUCUGUAAAAACCCAUUUGCUUAAUCACUCAAACAAUUCAUCUUUUUUUUUUGGAGGGGUUAAUUUUUGUUCAAAUGUGUCUGUAAUGCACCCAGUUGGAACUAAUACUGGGACAAAGAAUACCCUAAAACGUUCUAGAUCAUUCUCAUUGGAUAUGCCUGCAACUGUUACUGAUAAUUCCAUGGUUUCCCAGAAAUUUUCUGUUGAUGAUGAUGGUGGUGGUGAUUACCCUUUAUUCUCUGUUGAUGAAAUUGUGCAAUACCCUUUGCCUGGUUAUGUUGCACCCACUUCACUUAGUUUUAGUCCAGAUGAUAAUUUGAUUACUUAUUUAUAUAGCCCUGAUCAUAGUUUGAGCAGGAAGGUUUUCAGCUUUAAUCUGGAAAAUGGUAAGCAUGAAUUGGUGUUUAGCCCUGUUGAUGGUGGGCUUGAUGAGAGUAAUAUCUCUGAAGAGGAGAAGUUGAGGAGAGAGAGAGCUAGAGAGAGGGGAUUGGGUGUGACGCGGUACGAAUGGGUUAAGAUGUUAUCAUCAAAGAAGAAGAUGAUCAUGGUGCCUUUGCCUGAUGGGGUCUAUUUGUAUGAUCUUUCUUCCUCCAAAGUUGAUCUCAAGCUUCAAAGCACACCCAACUCGCCAAUUAUUGAUCCACACCUUUCUCCAGAUGGUAAUAUGAUUGCUUUUGUAAGAGGCUAUGAGCUGCAUGUUUUCGAUAUCCUGUACAACAAAGAGAAGCAAUUAACAUCUGGUGCAAAAGGAAGUACUUUAACUCAUGGUCUUGCUGAAUACAUUGCUCAGGAGGAAAUGGAUCGCAAGAAUGGUUACUGGUGGUCACUGGACAGCAAAUUUAUUGCAUUUACAGAAGUUGAUUCUUCUGAUAUUCCGCCAUUUAGAAUUAUGCAUCAGGGUAAAAGUUCAGUUGGUCCUGAUGCACAAGAAGAUCAUGCUUAUCCCUUUGCAGGAGCUUUAAAUGUCAAAGUCAGACUUGGUGUGGUAUCUAUUGCUGGAGGUCCUAUUACAUGGAUGGCUCUUCAUUGUGGAGGAAAUAGGGAUGAGGAAUAUUUGGCUAGAGUUAACUGGUUGCCCGGAAACAUUCUCAUCGCUCAGGUUUUAAACAGAGCUCAAACAAGGUUAAUGAUUCUUAAAUUUGAUAUUAAGACUGGUCAUAGGAAAGUUUUGCUGGUGGAGGAGCAUGAUAAGUGGGUGAAUUUGCACGACUGCUUUACACCACUUGACAAAACAAUAAGUGGUGGUUCGGGGGGGUUUCUUUGGGCUAGUGAAAAAACAGGAUUCCGCCAUCUUUACUUGCAUGACGUUGAUGGGCAUUGUUUAGGGCCUGUAACAGAAGGUGAUUGGAUGGUUGAACAAAUUGCCGGAGUAAAUGAGGCAACAGGUAUUUUGUAUUUUACCGGAACCGUAGAUGGACCGUUGGAGUCUAAUCUUUACUCUGUUAAAUUGAUUCCCAGUAGGUCCAACCCACUGCAGGCCCCUGUUAGAUUGACACAGGGCAAUGGAAAACACAUUGUUGUACUUGACCAUCAGAUGCAAAGAUUUAUUGAUAUUCACGAUUCUUUAACUUCGCCGCCAAAAAUUGUCUUGUGCUCUUUACGCGAUGGAAGUUUGAUUACCACACUAUAUGACCAACCAUCUGGAGUUCCAAGAUUCAAGAGGCUCAAACUUGAGCCCCCAGAAAUCGUCCAGAUUAAAGCAAAUGAUGGUACUGUAUUGUAUGCUUCAAUGUAUAAACCUGAUGAAGCAAGAUUUGGUCCACCACCAUAUAAAACUAUGAUAAGUGUUUAUGGUGGUCCAAGUGUGCAGCUUGUGUCUGACUCCUGGAUUAAUGCCGUUGACAUGAGAGCUCAGUACCUGAGAAGUAAGGGUAUUUUGGUUUGGAAGCUGGAUAACCGAGGAUCAGCUCGACGUGGGCUAAACUUUGAAGGAGCAGUGAAACACAAAUUUGGUCGCAUUGAUGCUGAGGACCAGCUGGCAGGAGCUGAAUGGUUAAUUAGUAAGGGAUUAGCAAAAGAGGGUAGGAUCGGGCUUUAUGGGUGGAGUUAUGGUGGGUAUCUUUCGGCCAUGACAUUGGCAAGAUUCUCUGAUGUGUUCAGCUGUGCUGUUGCUGGGGCCCCAGUUACUUCUUGGGAUGGUUACGACACUUUCUACACUGAGAAGUACAUGGGAUUGCCCACGGAAAAUGUUGCUGGCUAUGAGUUUGGCUCAGUGAUGCACCAUGUUCGAAAUGUCAAAGGGAAACUGCUAUUAGUACAUGGAAUGAUUGAUGAAAAUGUGCACUUCAGGCAUACUGCUAGGCUUGUGAAUGCAUUUGUAGCUGCUGGUAAACCUUACGAGCUUCUUAUUUUUCCUGAUGAGAGGCACAUGCCUCGGCGCCUAAGGGAUCGGAUUUAUAUGGAGGAGAGGAUCUGGGAAUUCAUAGAGAGGAACCUUUGAAAACCUCGGUUUCAUUUAUUUGAAAUCCCGCCAUUUAUUUGAAUGAUAACCCCCCCCCCCCCCAAAACACAUACUUCCUUGUCAUUCAGUCUUUUCUUUUCUGGUGUUAGAUACCCUCUUUUUUUUUUGUUUUUUUUGUUUUUUUUUUUUGUUUUUUUUUGGGUGGAAAAGGGUGUAGAGGAAGAAUUUUAGAGGGUAAACAGCAAAGUUCAUGCUGUCUAAUAAACCUUAUUUCCCCAUCAAUUUCUCUUCUUUGUAGAUUAGUUGGAUAAACUAGAGGUUACUUAUUCCCUGUAAUAUUAGAUGUUGUAAUAAUAUUGCCUUUCAAGUUUAUGGCCUUGUUUUCCUGGUUUUGUAUCUUAA